GACGGCGCAGGGUGAGCUCGAGCAUAAGGUGCAGAAUAGCAAUAAAACGGGGGCGAAAACGCAGGAUUUCGCACCGCAAAGCGCGCGCGAUACAUCCGGAUGGAGGCGGCCAUCAACCAGUCUUUUGACAGCUCUGUGGGAGUGGGUCUGUCUGUCAUGGCCAUGAUGGAGCAGAAUUCAGGCAAGCGUAUCCGCAAGCCCUCGCUGCUCUAUGAGGGCUUCGAGAGUCCAUCUCUGCCUCACGCACCUCCACCCGGACCUCCUCCACCCCUGCAGCCCCCCGUCAGAGACCCCAGCCGACAAGGACGAGCCACCAACCAGCUGCAGUUCCUUCACAAGGUCCUGGUGAAAGCUCUGUGGCGCCAUCAUUUCGCCUGGCCCUUCCAUGAGCCUGUGGACGCGACUCGACUCAACUUACCCGACUAUCAUAAGAUCAUUAAGCAGCCGAUGGACAUGGGCACAAUCAAGAAGAGACUGGAAAAUAACUACUACCGCGGUGCCAGCGAAUGCUUGCAGGACUUUAACACCAUGUUCACCAACUGCUACAUCUACAACAAGCCUGCAGAUGACAUUGUGUUGAUGGCACAGUCUCUGGAAAAGGUGUUCUUACAGAAGGUCGCCCAAAUGCCUCAGGACGAGAUCGAGUUGCCCUCUCCUACGCCGAGAGGAAGAGGAAAUAAAAGCGUCAAAGCACGGAAAAGCAGAGGAGGCAGUGUAACAUCGGCUCACCAGGUUCCAGCCGUGUCUCAGUCAGCCUACUCUCCUUCCUCACCUGAAACACCAGAUUCGCAGUUCUCCACCCCUCCACAGACCCUGCUGAGCAGCAGCGGCCCUCCUCCAUCUCUGAUCACCCCACCACACACUCAACCCACAGCAAAGGUAUACGCGCAUGCACUCACGCGCACACACUUUUUAUUAAGUGAUGUCUAACAGAGCAAGGACAUUUUCACAGUAUUUCCUAUGAUUUUUUUCUUCUGGAGAAAGUCUUAUUUGUUUUAUUUUGGCUAGAAUAAAAGAAGUUUUCCCUUUUUUUAACUAUUUAAAGGACUAUAUUGUUAGCCCAUCUACAAAGCAGACCACUGUUCACUGUUCAGUUCAUCAAGAUCUACCUGAGCUCAAACUCCCCUCUCGCCCUGCAAACUAAAGGCUCAAGGCUCGAAGAUCUUAUGAGCUCGGGGCUCUCUCCCGGGACAGCAUGCCAAACACACUUUAUCAUUAAUCAUCAGCUCAGUGUGAACUAUUGAAACUAAAUUGGCAGUAGUGUAUGGGUGUUUCCCGUUACUGGUUUGCAGCUGGAAGGGCAUCCGCUGUGUAAGACACAUGGUGGAUAAGUUGGUGGUUCAUUCCGCUGUGGCGACCCCUGAUAAAUAAGGGACUAAGCCAAACAAAAAUGAAUAAAUGGAUGAAUGAAUAUAUACGUGUGUAUAAAUAAAUAUGUGUGUU